CGCACGGGGCUGCGGACGGGGCCCGGCGCGGCGCGCGCGCCCCCGCGGCAGUCGCGUGGUCCCCGCGCGUCUCCAUAUUGCGGCGGCGGGGCUCGGGGAGUUCCCCCGGCGGGGCGGGGGCGCGCAGAUGGCGACGCAAGUGGAGGCGCUGCUGCCCGGCGCCCCUCCGCUGCUGGCCGCCGAGGAGCGCGCCCUGGUGCUGAAGCCGCCGCAGGACGGCGGGCGGGAGAAGGGCGAAGCGCCCAUGGGCCCCGACGGCGGGCCGGCGGCGCCGCGGCCGCCCAGCGCCAAGCAGCAGAAGGAGGAGAGCAACAACCAGGAGAAGGAGAGCCUGCUGAGGGCGGGCGGCGAGGUGGAGGACGGCGGCGAGGCGGGCGGAGCGGGGCGCCGGGAGUUCAUCGAGGCCCCGCCGCCCAAGGUGAACCCCUGGACGAAGAACGCCGCCGCGCCGGCGGUGAACGGGCAGUCGCCUCCCGAUAUAUUUCCAACUGACGGCCAGUCUGAACAUACAACUCCUGCAAAAGUGGUGAGGGCUGCCAACCCAAGACAGCGGAAAGGAAGCAAGGUUGGUGACUUUGGUGAUGCCACAAAUUGGCCGACACCUGGAGAAAUAGCCCACAAGAGCGUGCAGCAGCCGCACAAAGCACCAUCCCUUCGGAAACUGCCUGUCAAGAAAGACAUGAAAGAGCAGGAGAAAGGGGAUGGGAGCGAUGGCAAGGAGAGCCUGAAAACCAAAUCAGAUGAGUCUGGGGAGGAGAAGAAUGGCGACGAUGACAACCAGAAGUCAGCCCAGAAGAAGAAAGGCAACAAACACAAGUGGGUCCCUUUGCAGAUAGACAUGAAGUCAGAGGUGCCUAGGGACAAAACGGCCUCUCGGAACAACCGGCAAAAUGAGCAGCACAGACACCCCUCCAACAACCGCAGCGAGCUGAAAGGCUGGCACCCGGACAACAAGCAUGAACGCAGCUGGCAGGACCAUGAUGAAACCUCCAGCGUGAAGAGCGAGGGAGGAGCUGUGCGAGGAGCCUUUCGGGGCCGAGGUCGGGGCCGCGGCAGGGGCCGGGGCCGUGGCAGAGGAGGGCACUUCGACUACCAGUAUGGGUACCGAAAAUUUGAGGGCUCGGAUGGCUCCCGCACCCAGAAGUAUGCUAGCAACAUCACUUACUACUUUGACAACAUCAGCAGCGCCGAGCUCUACAGCGUGGACCAGGAACUGCUCAAGGACUACAUCAAGCGGCAGAUAGAAUAUUACUUCAGCGUGGACAACCUGGAGCGAGACUUCUUCCUGCGUCGCAAGAUGGACUCAGACGGCUUCCUUCCCAUCACCCUGAUCGCCAGCUUCCACCGGGUGCAGGCGCUGACCACUGACAUCAACCUCAUCAUUAAGGCUCUGAAGGACAGCAAGGUGGUGGAAAUCGUGGAUGAGAAGAUUAGGAGAAAAGAGCAGCCAGAAAAAUGGGCUCUGCCUGGCCCUCCUAUGGCAGACUACACACAAACAGACUUCUCGCAGUUCAUCAAUUGUCCUGAGUUUGUGCCCCGGCAAAGCUUCCAGAAAGAGACAGAGUCUGCUCCUGGCUCCCCACGUCCUGCCAGCCCGGUCCCCACCAAAACAGAAGAGGUCAGUAACCUGAAGACGAUGCCCAAGGGCCUGUCUGCAAGUCUGCCAGACCUGGAUUCAGAGACGUGGAUUGAAGUGAAGAAGAGACCUCGGCCCUCCCCAGCCAGGCCCAAGAAACCAGAGGAGUCAAAGACACCGCAGCAGCAGAAGCAGAAGGACCAAGAUGAACCUGAGGAGCUAGACUUCCUCUUUGAUGAGGAGAUGGAGCAGAUGGACGGCCGCAAGAACACCUUCACUGACUGGUCAGAUGAAGAUUCGGAUUAUGAGAUCGAUGAUCGGGAUGUGAACAAGAUCCUCAUCGUGACACAGACGCCUCCUUACCUGCGCCGGCAUCCUGGUGGGGACCGGACUGGCAACCACACAUCCAGGGCUAAAAUGAGCUCAGAGCUGGCCAAGGUGAUCAACGAUGGGCUGUACUACUACGAGCAGGACCUGUGGACAGAGCAGUUUGAGCCAGAGUAUUCGCAGAUCAAGCAAGAGGUGGAGAACUUCAAGAAGGUGAAUAUGAUCAGCAGAGAGCAGUUUGACACCCUGACGCCAGAGCCCCCUGUGGAUCCAAACCAAGAAGUCCCUCCUGGUCCCCCCAGGUUUCAGCAAGUACCUACAGAUGCUUUGGCUAACAAGUUGUUUGGAGUCCCUGAGCCUUCAACCAUCGCCCGGUCUUUGCCUACAACUGUACCAGAAUCACCCAACUACCGCAAUGCCAGGACUCCCCGGACCCCUCGCACGCCUCAGCUGAAGGACCCGACGCAGACGCCCCGGUUCUACCCGGUGGUGAAAGAGGGCAGGACGAUAGAUGCCAAGACUCCGCGGAAGAGGAAGACAAGGCACAGUUCAAACCCUCCGAUGGAGUGCCAUGUGGGCUGGGUGAUGGAUUCUCGGGAACACAGGCCCCGAACUGCCUCUAUCAGCUCCAGCCCCUCGGAGGGGACCCCGGCCGUCGGAAGCUACGGCUGCACCCCGCAGUCCCUGCCCAAGUUUCAGCAUCCUUCACACGAGCUGCUCAAGGAGAACGGCUUCACGCAACAUGUCUACCACAAGUACCGUCGGCGCUGCCUUAAUGAGCGGAAACGACUGGGCAUUGGUCAGUCCCAGGAGAUGAACACGCUCUUCCGGUUUUGGUCCUUCUUCCUCCGAGAUCACUUCAACAAGAAAAUGUACGAGGAGUUCAAGCAACUGGCUGUGGAGGACGGGAAGGAGGGAUACAGGUACGGUCUGGAGUGCCUUUUCAGAUACUACAGCUACGGGCUGGAGAAGAAAUUCCGGCCAGACAUAUUUAAGGACUUCCAAGAAGAGACCAUCAAGGAUUACGAAGCUGGACAGCUCUAUGGGCUGGAAAAGUUCUGGGCCUUCUUAAAAUAUUCCAAAGCCAAAAAUCUGGACAUUAACAGCAAACUGCAAGAAUACCUCAGCAAGUUCAAGCGCCUCGAGGACUUCCGAGUGGAUCCACCCAUGGGGGAGGAAGGUGGACACAAGAGAUACCCUACGACAUCAGGGGGAGAUGGCAGGAAGCGCUACCCAUCCCAGUCUUCCAGCAAAACGGUCAGCCAGUGCCCAUCCAGCCAAGCCCACGCCUCACCCAGCCAGCCUGCACAAGAGGAUGCCAAAAACCUGAGCCAGCAAUCCCCCGCCCCGUCGGCUGCAGAAUCGCAGACAGUGGGGAAGUAGAGAGCCUGCGGCGUCUGCUUCCUGACGGGGUCGGGGUGGGGUUGGUGGGGGACUGGCUCAGAGAAGGGGAGACGUGAGCGGGUGGGACAGGAAGGGAGCUGGAAGGUGGGUGUCCAGGAAUAGGCUGCUCGGGAGAAACUUCAACGCACACAAUUUUUUCUCUUGUGGCUGGAAAGCAAAGACGAUCUGGAUCUAAAACACCAUUUUGCUAUUACAACCCUGACCAGAGCCAGACCUGCUCCCAGCAGACCCACCCUUUGCUUUCCCUCCCCUCCUGUGCACACACUCAUGUCUUAGUGUCUCUUCAAAAAAAAAAAAAAUGUUUUGGCUGGGUUGGAAAGGGGAGAUUUUUUUAUUAUUAUAUAUAUAUAUCAAGUUUUAAAUUAUUGCUAGAAGUUUGUCUGGAUUUACCAAAACAAGUCUGCUCUGUGCGGCCCCAACGACUCCCUCUGUGUCCCCCCUCGGAUCGCAGGGCAGCCUGCUUAGGAAGCUCGGAGGAGCGAGGUUCCCCGAUGGGGGACCGAAGCCGUAGUGUGUCACGAUGCUGCGGAGCCUCUGAUCUCCAUGACCUGGCUGAUGUCUCCCAUUCCACGUGCGGUGGUGCCCCUCCAACACUGACCGCCGCGACAGGAGCAUCACCCUGUUCGUCGUCCUGGUCCCUCCUCCCCAGCGUCUUCACCUUCAACCUUCCCGAGGGUCUGGCUCUCCCUUCGCCCGCCUCUCUCUCCCUUCCAUCACGGACAAUUUGGAAGUCAACCAAAGGACCUUUGCCAAGGAUAGGCUUGUUCUGACUCCUUCCUGCGAGGACGGCUGGUGGGAGGCCAGCAGGCACCUGGACUCGAGCCUGUGCGGACAGUGCACCCGCUGCCCCAGGAAUUACCAUCGCAUGCAAAGACAGGACUUUGCUGAAGGAGGUUUUCUCUUCCUUUUCCCUUGGAUAAAUGAAACGACAACAGAAAAACAACCCCACAAACCCCUCUAAACCAACAACAACAACAAAAAAACUCUUUAAAAAGACACAUCUCCCUUUGCUUUCUUCCUUGGAAAUAUUAUUGAAGAAAAAAAAAAAAACAAACAAAAAAACAAAGAAACAAAAAAAAAUCCACAAAAAAAAAAAGUUGCCUUAUGGUGGAGCUGGACCGGGGAGGCUUGCUGGCUUCCUGCACCCUGGGGCGCACUGGGCUCUUGGCCCCCCGACCUAGAGACUCCUCACGGCAUUGCUGCCGAGCUGAUCUUCCCCGCGGCCUUUCCUCUGACUCUGCAGCUCGCUCGGAUGCCUCCCCCCAUCACGGAGCGCCCCCUGCCAGCCCUGAUUCUCGUGGGGGAAGGUGCCGAGGGCAGUCAAAUCCAAGACUUGUGCUGACGAAGUAGCUGAAGCCGCUAUGUUGUGUAUAUACCGUUGUAGCAUCCUCCCUGUGACAGCGACUGUACGUGCUUACGGCCUCGCUUGGCCCCCCAGGGUCUCCCUGUGCUCUCCCCGGGCAGGCUGGGGUGGGAGGUGGGUCUGCUCCACUCUGCACCUCCAGCCUGGUGGGGAGGUGAGCGGGGAGAUCCAUCACAGCAGCCGGAGGGACUGGUCCUUGCCGCAAGCGAGCAGGAGGGCUGGCGUGUCCCUGAUGCCACUUAAUGCUGUAGACUGAUGAGGGAGCGAUGCAGCCCUGGGUAACCCAUCUCUCACAGCCGUCACUGGCUGCUGAGGGGCGCGAGCGGAGACCUGCCCGGCAAAGGAGGGCUCUCCCAUGCGUUUCCUUGUGCAUCAUGUUUUGGUGGGGGCCUGCAUGGAGUCUCCAGCUCAGGGCAGCGUCCCUGUGCAUCUCCGAGGGCUGAGAUAACGCCGCGCCGCUCCUUGCUCAGCUGAGGCAGGGGGGUGGCUGCGGAGCUGCUGUGGCAUUUGCUCAGCUCCUCUGCCCAGCACUGGGUGGGCUUGGGCAGGCAAACCCUCCCCGGGCUCGAGAGCUGCGUUCCCUUGUAGGGGGCAUGUGUUGGAAGGGCGAGAUCUGCACUGGAAAGCCGUGUUCCCACCAUAAGUGUGGAAGCUCCUUUUCAGCCAGAGCUGCUUGCCUCGCUGUGCCCAGUCUCCUGGGUUGGGAUACCUGCUCUGCAGCUGGUUUGGUUGUGGCUCUGGCACCACGGCAGUGGGCACCACAGUGGGCUACUUAAAGAUGCAGUUAAUUGCGUUACCCUCUCUACAAAAUCAGAAGCUGGUAACAAACAGUGUUUUCCCAAAGUAUCUACUUGAUCCAGUGCUGUGUCUGGUAGCUGGGAGGAGGAGUCAUCUCCGCAGGGCUGUCCCCGUGCGGCUGCGGGGCUGGCGGGUGAGAGCAGGCAGGAGCUGAGAGCGGAGGUCAGGAUGGGGAGCCUGGGCGAGUUGUCCAUCAGCAGCGGCUGUGGGUGCUGGUGGGGCCCUGGCUGAAGCUGGCGCCUUUCCGAACUGACGCUGCGCCGAAGAUGCUGCUUUAGUCGUUUUUGGGGAGGAGGUGGGCUGGUCCGCGUGGAGCAGCUUCGUGAACUGCUGCUAGAACUGAAAGCACAGCUGGGUUUGAGCGAGGCUGGGGAGAUGCUGCUUUGAUGUUUUCCUGGUGGUGUGAUCCUGCCCUGGUCUGCCCGCUCCCGCCACGUCGCCCUGCAGCUCGGGACCGCUGGCAGGCCCCACUUCAGCAUGGCGACCUGUCUGAGGCCGCGGCUUGCUCCCUUACAGCAGCAGCGCCCUGGGGUUGCAGGGUGGUAACUGGGCAAGUGGGCAAGUAGCGCUCAUGCAGUGCUGCGGCCGUGACUGUUAUCUCUGGAUUUCCCCUCUCUCGUGAGCCGGAGUCAGGUCUCUGAGGUUACGGUUGCGGCCGGGUUUGCCCCUGAUUUGGGAAGGAGCCUCAGAGACCGGAGAUGGGGCUGGUCAAGGACACUGGAGAUGGGUUGCUGGUUGUUCACAAGUGGAAGUGGGUCUGGAUGUGCCGUGUGGUCCUUGCUGCUGUGUCCCCGUGCUCCUCUCAUCGGUGCGUGUUCUCUUUUUGAAGCCAAUUGUCUGCGUUUUAGCAACAAAUUAAAUAGGAAACGAGGAGGAACAAGCUCCUCUGUGGAACAACUCGUGCCGUGGAGUUGUUGCUUGUGGAGCAGACUGGAAUUGCUUGGGUGGUAGAAGAGGUAAGAAAUAUCCCAGAGAAUUUCCCAAGAUCUGAAUUGAUUUAAAUUAUUUUUUAACUUCUAAGGCUGAGACUCUAGUCUUGGCAUGGAAGAGUGUGUUUUGGUUUUUGCUUUUCCCCCCCCCCUCCCUCUGCUGAGUCAGUGGUUUGUCACAUCGGUGUGGCUGAGGGCCCCGAGCGAGACCCCCUGUUUCCCAGGGGAAGAUGGGUUAGAAGAGCAAUUCCAGCGGUCCCCCACCCUCCGGGUUUGCAGACUGUGUGCCUUGUCUUACCGUUUUCUUGGGCAGCAGCACAGCCGGGGAGCGAAGGAAAGAUGUGACAGCCUGAGGCGGUGGCACUUGCUCCCGCCUGUCCUCCUCCAGACUUUGGGAACAGAGGCAGUAUGGCUCUGCGGGGCGCGAUGCCCACCGGUCACAGCGUGGGUGGUGGCAGAGGACAGGGACAUCGAUGCUGUGGUGACGGGGCAGCAUCCUGCAUCCCUGUGCUGUGCGGGGGCCGUGGUCCGUGCCAGGCUGAGACCACAGCAGGGCUUUCCCCCAUCUUACAGCGUGCGCAGGGGACAGGUCUGCAGAGGCACCCACUCACUCCACCCCUGGACAAAGGGACAGCUAUCCAGAGAGGGGUUUUGCUUUGAGCUUGGAUGCUUCAUGAUCAUGUUUUCUGCUUUUUUUUUUUUUUUUUUUUUGAUUUUAGUGGUGUGAGUGGUUGGGCAUGUGUACUCCUGUGAACGCUGAUCCAUCCCGCAGCUCGCAAGGGCUGCGUGGUGCUGGCCACCGGCACGGCCGGAGGGAGCCCCGGCUGCUUUUGGAAAGGCUGGGGGAGGCCAUCGGGCCUGUGGGGAGAGAGAGCUCCCCAUCUCGCCCCUCUUCUCGGGAGGACCCCGGCUGCUCCUUGCCGAGGCCCAUCUGUGGGAUGCGGGCAGUUGCAGUGGGUACAGAGCUCUGGCAUGGGGUCAGGAGUGGAGGUGGAAGGUGUGUUUCAGAGGAGGCUUUGUUGCUUUGCCACGCUCAUUUGGGGUGGGGGAGGGAAAAAAAAAAACUUAAAGUAAUAGUCCUGCUGCUCCAUUCACCUUUCUGUCCCUCUUCCUGCUGCCCCCCUCGCACCACCGGUGGUGACUUGUCACGGUAGCCCUUGGGGUCCCUCGAGUUUCGGCAGCUGCUCGUCUCGCUUAGGACUGGCCGACCGUACUGUAACAAAACGAUGCGUUAACCUCAGUGUCCUGCCGCGUGUCCGUACACGUUCCGCAUGGCAGCGCAGAGGGGGCCUUCCAGCUGUUAAUGCCUUUCCAGUUAUUUUAUGAAAAGAAAAAAAAAAAAAGAAAACUGUAAAUGUAGCAAGCUGUGUUUGCAAUGCUUAUUUUCUCCUGUCUCCUCUGAGACUGGUUAUGUCACUUUGUCACUGUUUUGAAAUGGAUGCUAGGCUCUUUCUAAGAGGGGGUUGCUACACUUGAUGUUAAAUGCCUCAUUGACUCUUUCUUUUUUUUUUUUUUUUUAAAAAAAAAGUUUCCAAUACAGGCAAUAGAUGAAUGACUUUUUUUUUUUUAUUAUUAUUAUUUUUUAAGAAAAUGUUCAUCUCGGUGGCGUGGAGUGGGUGGCUGGAGGGCAGCGUUUCAAUGAGUAGUUUACAGUUUCACUUUCUGCAGACACUUGAACAUAGGACCGAUGUAUCUGUGACAAGCACAUCCCUUGGUGGGAAGCUCCAGAGGAGUGGGGAGCGCCCUGGGUGCCAGCCAGCCCCCCCGCCAUGGCUGGCAGAGCGGGCUGGGGUCACCCCCGGGGUCCCCACGCUGUCCCCCUGCGGCUCGCUCCCCAGGCGUCAGCCCUGCGCGGGGGCUGGCUCGUGCCGGCAGUGGCCCUCGUGGGAGGGUGUCCCUGGCACCACUUGGUGCCUCCAGCCUCCCCAGUGCAGCCCCACGCCCCCUCCUCCUCUCCCAGCCUGUCCCGGUCCCCUUGGGGGAUGGAAACCUUUGGAUCUGCGGCUCAGAAACCCCCACUGAGCUGCGCCCCGGCGAGCGUGGCCCUCGCUGCUCGAAAAGGGGUGAUGGUUCGAUGUGCUGGCCCUUCUCAAACCCUGUGUGUCCCAACCUCAGCCUUCUGUUUCCCAAAACUAGAAAGUGUGUGCAACCUUCUUCAGCUGCAUUUAUCGUAGAGACAAACUUUAAAAUGACUCAUCACAGACCAUGUAUCACUUGGGAGGAAAAUCUUGUUAAUAUGGCCCGCUGUACAUGAUCCAUCUUCUGUCGAUAGUACAUAAUCUUUGACCCAUGUGCUAGGAUCAUCAUCACAUAUAAAAGGAAAAGAGAAAAAUGUAAAAUACUUGAAUGAGAGCUUGUAUUAUAACAUUAAUAUUAUUCAGAGUAUCUGCUUUCUAGGCUGAUGUGAUUC